GCAACCCUUCAAACAAAAAAAAAAUAAUAAUAAAUUUCGAAAUCGGGGAAUGGAUGAAAAUGAAAAUUAAGCUGUGUGUGUGUGUUGUAUUUAAAAUCGUUUGAUUCAUAAAAGUGAUGCGAAGACGUUUGAUGAAAUGGAUUCUUAUAUCAGAAGUUUCUUAAAAGGCUAAUCCUGUUGAACUUUAUUAGACGUAUUUGCAGUCAGAAAUCAUUUGGUCCAAUGUUUUGGGACAUUAAUUCAGUCAUGUCUCAUUGCAAUGGACGUAAAAGACCAAGAUCCUGUGAAGAAGAUAGUUGUGAAUUGAUGCCAAUAUCAAAACGAAUCAAUGAUCUUCAUAUUCGGUCAUGUUGUCCAGAUUCCAGUUCUAUGUUAACCGAAAGUAUGCCAGAAAUGCAGCCGCAUAAUAGAUGUGCUAGAGAUGCUCAGGGUAUAAAUUUUGCGUCUACUGCAGACAUGCACAGGCAAAAUUCUUUGCCAAAAGACAAUAUGCUUCAUUGUGUUUACACCCCAGAACUAAGUUUAACAGAAAAUCCAUAUUAUUAUCACGCAAAUGAGAUCCUUUACCAAGCUCAUUUACAGCGACAACAAAGAUUAACAAAACCUGUUGUUUGAAACACAUGCUUUAAAAAGUUUGCUUAGUGUAAACUUUGUAUUUUGUGGCUAACUCACAAAUUCAUGCUUUUCAGUUCUUUUUUGUAUUUUGUAAUUUGAUCUUUUCGCUUCUUAUGUAAUUAUACUUUGCAAACAUUUAUGAUUCAAUUAAAUUUGUUUUA